UAAGGGCGACUGGUGGCGGGUAGACUGAACCACCUGGGCGCUGGGGAGAGGGCGGUACCACCCUUAUAGGGGGAGGGGGUUGGGUUUGGACAGCACCACCUGUGUGGAGAGAAGGGCUGCUUUGGUCGGUCCCACUUGUAGGGGGCAGAAGGUCACAUUCGGACGUUACUAUUCGGGUGGAGCCGUGGCGCUGAUCGGACAGUACCACUGGACAGAGCCGUGGGGCACGUCCGGUCAAUACUACCCAGAGUCGAAAGGCAGUCAGAGUACCCCGGGAUGGACCCCCAGGCUUGUUCGGUCUUAAUCACUUGGUCGGUUCCGGAAGCUGGUUCGGAACAUACCACCUGGGGAGGGGCGUUCGGGCUCAGCGGCCUGACUGGUCGGAGGUCCAGUGGGGUCUGGCGUCUUGACUUGUUACUAGGGGACCUCGGGCGAUACCAUUCCAUUCCGGCGAAGGGGGAGGCUGAGACGGCUGGGGUGUAAGGAUGGCCCUGCCCUGCGCGACGGCGAGACGCCCUGGCGGGGGCGGCGUCCGGGCCCCCGCGUCGCUGACCACUGCCCCUUCCCCGCUGAGUGGGUUCUAGGCCCUGGUUCGAGCUUGUUCCGCCCCCCUCCCCCGGGUAUGGCGCUGUCCGGGUCGACCCCUGCCCCGAGCUGGGAGGAGGAUGAGUGCCUGGACUACUACGGGAUGCUGUCGCUUCAUCGUAUGUUCGAGGUGGUGGGCGGGCAGUUGACGGAGUGUGAACUGGAGCUGCUGGCCUUCCUGCUGGAUGAGGCUCCCGGCGCCGCCGGCGGCCUGUCCCGCGCCCGUAGCGGCCUGGACCUGCUGCUGGAGCUGGAGCGCCGCGGGCAGUGCGACGAGAGCAACCUGCGGCUCCUGGGGCAACUCCUGCGCGUGUUGGCCCGGCACGACUUGCUGCCGCACCUGGCGCGCAAGCGGCGCCGGCCAGUGUCUCCAGAACGCUACAACUAUGGCACCUCUAGCUCUUCAAAGAGGACAGAGAGCCGCUGCCGUCGCCGUCGGCGGUCAAGCAGUUCUUCAGAUGCUCAGCAAGGCCAGUGGGAGACAGGCUCUCCCCCAACCAAGCGGCAGCGGCGGAGUCGGGGCCGGCCCAGUGGAGGUGCCAGACGGCGUCGGAGAGGGGGCCCAGCUGCCCCCCAGCAGCAGCAGGAGCCGACUAGACCUGCCUCGGAAGGCAAAGUGACCUGUGACAUCCGGCUCAGGGUGCGAGCAGAGUACUGCGAACACGGGCCAGCCUUGGAGCAGGGCGUGGCGUCCCGGCGGCCCCAGGCGCUGGCACGGCAGCUGGAUGUGUUUGGGCAGGCCACCGCAGUGCUGCGCUCCCGGGACCUGGGCUCCGUGGUGUGCGACAUCAAGUUUUCAGAGCUCUCCUAUCUGGACGCCUUCUGGGGUGACUACCUGAGUGGCGCCCUGCUGCAGGCCCUGCGGGGCGUGUUCCUGACUGAGGCCCUGCGCGAGGCCGUGGGCCGGGAGGCUGUCCGCCUGCUGGUCAGCGUGGAUGAGGCUGACUACGAGGCUGGCCGGCGCCGCCUGCUGCUGAUGGAGGAGGAGGGGGGACGGCGCCCGACUGAGGCCUCCUGAUCUCGGAUCUGGCCAGACUGACCCCACUUCCUAGUCUCCAGUCCACCUUCUCCCCUGGAGUAUGAAGACUAUAUCUACCCCUAGGGGAACUGUCACUCCAGCAGCUCUGAGGACUGCCACAGACUGACAUAUGGCCAGGCCCCUGACAGCCUGGCGCCUUGACAGCUCCUCCAACAGGAUGUGGGCUCUGAGGCUCAAACCACUUCCAGUUGAGUUUCCUUCCCAAGCUCCCCCAUCCCCCACCCCCAGGUGUGUUUCUUUGGCUUCGGGAGGCCAGGGGCUC